GCUUAUUAUGAAUUUCCUUUGUCUUGUUGUGUCUGUUUUUCAGUUCCUGUGGUUUAGUUCCUGCUUCCUGUUUUUCCAUUUCCAUAGUAACUGUGUUUGUAACCAUGACAACUUCUCACCAUCAGUCAGUGUUUCUGGGGAAGCUGCUGUUUUCACAGGACAGUAAAUGCAACUCAAAUGUUUGUUCAGUUACAUUUAUUCAUUUUUUUUAUCAUUUAAUAAUUUGUUUGUAAAUUCUUCAACACAGUUUCACUGAUGAUCCAUAAUAAACACCAAACCCAGGAUAGAGCGGUUGAGUGAAUGUGGUCUGGACUGUGUGGAUGAGGAUCAUUGUGUCUCCAGAGACGCUGUAGAAGGACAGAGUUCCUGCACUGUGAUCCACAAACACUCCUACUCUACUGAUGAUGGGCUUUACAGGAAGAUCAGUCUGUAUCUUAUUGUGUGUGAAUGAGUAUCUGGAGGAAAAGCAGAUCAAACUCCAGGACUGAUCAUUCCAUCCAAACAUACACUCAUUCCCUCCCUUCCCAACCCAGUCUCCUGCUACUGCGUAUCUAUACUACGAGUUUGCAUUUUCAUUCGGCGUAGUAUUUACACGCCAAAGUCACAUUUGGCGUAUAUAUGGUACGCAAAACCCUCCCGUUAAACUUCCAUUGAUAGAAAAUGCGUAUGUAUUGCACGCAGAAAUUUAUUAUAGUCAACGUCAUCAUCAUCGUCCCGCCCCUUCAAUCGAACGAAGAUUCACGAUUUCAUCUCGUGCAGGUGCCGAAGCAGCAUAUGCAGAAAUAUUGAUUUAGAAUGCUUAUUUAGAAUAUAUAUAUAUUUUUUUACAGAAACUUAUUGUAGGCUAUAUAACUUACUCAUCAUCUCUAGUGGGGACGAAUGUUGCUACUACAUAAUACAGUUUAAUUCUAAACAAUCCCCGACGGGGAAAGAAAAAUGCUUGCAGAAGCAUCAUUAAUUCAAUGUGAAUUAAUUAUAUGUCUGCUUUAUUUAAUCUGCUCUCUGCUUUUCUUUCUUUUUUUCUUUUUUUGCUUGUUUAAUGUUACACGAAUUUUUGUUUCUUUGUUUGUGAUUGUAUUUGUAAUAGUAAAAGUAUUAAUAAUAAAUAAAUAAAUAAAUAAAUAUAAAAAGUGUAUUGCCAUGAUUUUUAGUCCUUCGCUGUUUCAGGAACCACCCACUCCCGCUUGGAAACCAAUCAAAUGUUUGAACAUUUUUUAGCGCCAUCAUCAAUGUCCCGCCUCCUCAUCGUGCGACCUCGUGCAUCAUCAUCAAAGUCGUCAAUCAUCAGAAUACCCAACAGAAUGUCCACAGGCUCUUUAGAAGCAGCACUUGUUCUUGGAGAUGUGUUUCUUGAUCAGAUACAGAAAGAAGAAAAAAAGCAAGCCAAGAGGUCUAAGCCACAUCCUACGACUGUGAAGUGGAGGCAAAGGGACAGAAAUGGGAAUGUUAUACGGCCGCUUCGAAAAAAAACCUCAAUAAAACAAAAACUGAAAAGAAAGGCUCCUAACCACGGUCCCACCAGUGUGCCCAUCCAAGAGGAAUUUGUUUAUCGAGCAGAAACUGCCUCACUCAUUGAAGAAUUGGAGCAUAUCCUUAAUGACGAAUGUGUUCAGCCUGAAGAGGUGUCUUUGGCCACAUCCUGGCAAAAGAGGCAAUCCCUAAGCCAUGAAAGAUGGCACAUUGCAAGGGAGGCCAUGGUUAAGAAUCUUUUGGCAGCUGAAUAUGUUCAGGAACGCAUCUGCCAACACUGUCUUACUGCAGAGGCCAUUGUACGGUGCAGGGACUGUCUACCUAGGCAGUUUCUAUGCACCGUGUGUGAUGGAGAUGUUCAUCAGCACCUACCUCUCCAUAACAGAGACUCUAUGGCCCAUGGGUUCUUCAAGCCAUUGUGUCCAACCACUGCAGUGAAGAGACAUUCCGAGGCCAUUGAGUUCUCUGAACAGGUUCGAUAUCUUCCACUACUUUUGCCAGAGAAAAUUUGUGCCUGUUCAGAAAGUUCCUGCAGGUUGAUCAGUGGCAAGCCCAUUAUUGUAAUAAAUUUUAAUGGACGGUACAAUCUCACCCUUCCAUCACUGGAGACCUCAUGCUGUGGGAAAACAUGGUCAGUGGGGCUCAGUGAUCUCCUCAAGUCUGGGUACUGGCCAGCCUCUAUACAUUUUGAGACCGUGUAUGAGGCUGGCCUUUUUAGGUCUUUUCUGGAUUUAAAACUUUUUGCUCCAGGUCUUUCACGUCAAGCGUUCCUUGGAAUGCUUGACCGGAGAACAGAGUACAAUGGCAGGAGUGGUAAAAUAUGUGGAGACACAUUCCAGAAAGCCUUGCUGGAGUGGACCUUUGCCCAGCAUGAGGUUGAGAGGCUUUGUGGUGUACAGCCAUUUAAAUGUCCUGCUUGCAGUCCUUCCAUGCAUGCCAUCUCAGUGGAUGCACAGAGAAGGGCUACUUCGAUGGGACAUUUAUAAUGAAGGAUGAAGAUGUUUCAUCCUUUGUGGGAUAUGUUCAUGAAAAGACCAAGCAUGCCACAGGUAAAGGGGUGUGUGGCUCUUCUCAAUGGACAGCAGCCAAGGAGUCUGCAAAAAAGUCGACAUCAAAGAUUGAUGAGGAAGGCCUUGAGAUUGCUGUGUGCCAACAUGGAGGACUUUUAAAAGGCCUAAAUAUGUUCAGAGGGGAAAUAUUUGCUUAUCCCCUGUUCCUUCAAAACACCCUCUCAAAAGAAAAUGUGUCAUUCUUCUGCUCAGAUGUCGCCUGCAAGUACUGGCCAUACUUAAAGAGAGUGGUGGGACACUGUCCAGAGCUAAGGCCUUUAUUAAAUAUGCGCCCACUAUUAUCAGUUAUGCAUGCCAAAGCACAUGAGUGGAGUUGUGAGAUAAAAUGGUCUGGAAGAAACCAAGAGGGAGCUGGUCUUACAAUUGGAGAAGAGGUGGAGCAAGUCAACUCCUUCUUGUCGAGAGCUGCAAUUUGCACUAAAUACAUGUCCAAAGCUGCACGUUCAGACAUGCUCACUGUUCUUGCUUCUGCAUGGAACAAACGGAAGUCUGAAAAUCUGGCCAAAUGUUUGUCUCAAAGAUACAUUAAGACAACCGAAAGGCUGAAAGUGGAAAGAGAGAGCUUUGAAAGUCUGCAGGCUGAGCUUAAUGUCAGUGAUGAUGACAUUCAGCAGUGGGUCAGUGAUGUCCAGCAGUGGGCCACAGUAUCAAGUGCAAAGGAGGACACUGGACUUGAGGGCAGAAUUCGAGGCCUUUAUGUCAGCAUAAAGCUGAGAAAAAUAAAUCUAUACCGUCAGACAGAUAGCAACAAGAGAAGGCACAAAAUAAGGAGGAAAAUUAAUGAAGACAAGUCAACCUUGGCAGCUGCCAUUAAGGACUUCAAUGAACAGUCAGUCCACCAGCUUCCUUCCGUGGAUGAACUGCUCACAGCUGAUCAUUUCCAAUGGCCAUGGGAAUGCCCUGACACUAGUAAUGGCAACCUCUCAACUAAGAAGAUGGUCUUUGACCGGUUCAUGAUGCUUUCCCGACUGAAGGAGGAGGAGCAGAUCAUAGUGACGGAGGUGAAGCAACACUGGCAAUCAUUGAAGGAAGCUGAAUGUUCCCUGAGGGAUCUCUCAGUUCAAAUACAAACUAACAACAGUGACUUUGAGCUUUCAGAGGAGAGUGCCAAUGGACUACUGUGCCUUCUCAAGAGAAAACUGGAAGACCUUCAGUUUCUGCAAAAUAAUGCUAGGAUGUUAUACCGACAAUGUGUUCUGGGACAGGCUUCGGACAGCAUUCUAUUUGAUAACAUUUCCGAUGAAGAAACUGAGGCAAUAAACUACAGCUCUGAUGAAACAGACAGUGAUGAGGACUAAACCUGAGUAUAUAGAAUAGACAGAUACUGAAGAACUAUUUUAAUAAGCUGUAUUUCUUUUUUUUUUUUUUUUCACUGUGAGAAACAUUUUAGCAUAUUAACAGAAUCUAUUUAAUAUUUUCCCAUCCUAAUGGAAAUGAGAUUAAGGUUCAGCAGUACAAGUUUUGACUAUUAUUUUUGAAUCUUUAAAUGUGUAUGUAAGACAGGUGUUUCACUCCACGCAUUUUUAUAGUCUUAUAAACAGCCAUACAACCUCCAUCCCUAUUAAUUAUAUUCUAUUAUUUCCAUUUUCCUUAGCUCUCAUGGGAUCAUACAGUGUAUAUCUGUGAGGGGUGUUUUGCAGUGUGUACAUAUCUUAUAUUGAUAGAAAGUAUAUAAGGAUACAUAACGUUUUCACCUAAUAAUUUUUUUUCCUUACUGUAAGCAAAAUAAAAUACUUGUACAGUGAUCUACAAAAA